CUCCACUCUCCAAACCCUGAAAAUUGAACUCUCUAGAGGAAGAGAGAGAGAGAGAGAGAUACACACUCGAGCCGAGCCGUAUUCAAGCCACUUCAAAUCUCUCACUUCACCGCAUCUCAUCGCUAUAACCGCCAGCCGGAGCUCCCGCCGGAGCCUGGAGAUUCCGAUCCGAUCUAGGGUUUCUGUUUGCUUAGCCAUUUCCUCUUUUUUUAGAUUAGUUUAUUAUGUCGUUUACGGGACAGUCGCCUGAUAUUGCCGGCGAACGGCAAUCUGGCCAGGAUGUGCGCACUCAAAACGUGGUUGCGUGUCAAGCGAUUGCAAACAUUGUCAAGUCUUCCCUUGGUCCUGUUGGCCUCGACAAGAUGCUUGUGGACGAUAUUGGUGAUGUGACAAUCACUAACGAUGGUGCCACUAUACUGAAGAUGCUCGAGGUUGAGCAUCCUGCUGCCAAGGUUCUUGUUGAGUUGGCAGAACUACAAGACCGAGAAGUUGGAGAUGGGACAACUUCUGUUGUAAUAAUAGCUGCUGAAUUGCUGAAGAGAGCCAAUGAUUUAGUGAGAAAUAAGAUUCAUCCAACAUCAAUAAUCAGUGGUUACAGACUUGCUAUGAGGGAAGCAUGCAAAUAUGUUGAUGAAAAACUUGCUGUAAAGGUUGAGAAACUUGGUAAAGAUUCUCUUGUGAAUUGUGCCAAGACCAGCAUGUCCUCAAAGUUGAUAGGUGGUGAUAGUGACUUUUUCGCGAAUCUGGUCGUGGAAGCUGUACAAGCAAUAAAGAUGACAAAUGUAAGAGGCGAAGUCAGAUAUCCAAUUAAGGGAAUCAAUAUUCUUAAAGCCCAUGGGAAAAGUGCUAGAGAUAGCUAUCUGCUCAAAGGUUAUGCUCUGAACACAGGACGUGCUGCACAGGGAAUGCCCUUGAGGGUUUCACCUGCCAGAAUUGCUUGCCUCGAUUUUAAUCUUCAAAAGACUAAAAUGCAAAUGGGUGUCCAAGUUUUAGUCAAUGACCCCCGGGAGUUGGAAAAGAUUCGUCAGAGGGAAGCUGACACGACAAAAGAACGAAUUGAGAAGAUUCUUAAGGCAGGAGCAAAUGUGAUUUUAACUACAAAAGGAAUCGAUGAUAUGGCACUUAAGUACUUUGUGGAAGCUGGUGCAAUAGCUGUGAGACGUGUCCGGAAGGAUGACCUACGCCAUGUUGCGAAAGCAACUGGUGCAACUGCGGUCUCAACUUUUGCAGAUAUGGAAGGGGAAGAAACAUUUGAUUCAACUUUUCUAGGAUAUGCUGAUGAAGUAGUGGAGGAACGUAUUGCUGAUGAUGAUGUGAUUAUGAUAAAAGGGACCAAAACCUCAAGUGCGGUUUCUUUAAUACUCAGAGGUGCCAACGACUACAUGCUUGAUGAGAUGGACAGGGCUUUGCAUGAUGCUCUAUGCAUUGUCAAAAGAACUCUGGAAUCUAAUACAGUUGUUGCUGGUGGAGGUGCAGUUGAGGCUGCCCUAUCUGUAUAUCUGGAGAAUCUGGCUACUACCUUAGGAUCAAGGGAACAGCUGGCCAUUGCGGAAUUUGCUGAAUCUUUGCUGAUUAUACCGAAGGUGCUUGCUGUCAAUGCUGCUAAAGAUGCAACUGAAUUGGUUGCUAAACUACGAGCUUACCACCACACUGCACAAACUAAGGCAGAUAAAAAGCAUCUCUCAAGCAUGGGUCUGGACUUGUUGAAGGGUACUGUUCGCAACAACUUGGAAGCAGGAGUCAUCGAACCUGCAAUGAGCAAAGUGAAGAUAAUUCAGUUUGCUACUGAAGCGGCAAUUACUAUUCUUCGAAUUGACGACAUGAUCAAGCUUGUCAAAGAUGAUGGUCAAGGCGAGGAUUGAGUUUUGAUUUGAAGUCUUGUUUGUAAGUGAUCAUGACUUUUGAUCGACGACUUUUUUUGGGAUUGUGGUUUAUGUUCUUUCAGUACUUGUUUUCUGUGUGUUUGAAUCGAAGCUCGUUUUAGGCUGGAGGAAAGUUUUGUUGCUUAUGGAAGAACCUACGCAUAUCAAUUAACGGGAUGGAAAUUAGGAACUGGUUCUCUAGUGGUAAAAUUUGGAUGAAUUAAAUAUUUAUUUGCAGAAAUCUCAACUAGUUGGUCGCUUAUUCGUGUUUUUCUUUGUGUUCCUUUUUUGUUUUAUUGGCUAUAACUUUUAGUUAUAUGUAAUAUGAUAGAUGUUUUGGUGAAAAUUUUGGUUAUUCUGAAUUCAUAUAAUUAUUUGGGUUUUGUGGCAAUCAA